CAGAUUAGUCUGCAGAUGUUUGGCGGCCAUUUUUGUGGUGGCUCCCUCAUUAACAGAGAGUGGGUGAUGACUGCUGCUCACUGCUUCUCCAGCACAAGUACGUCGGGCUUGAAAGUUUCUCUCGGCCGUCAGAACCUGCAGGGCACGAACCCAAACGAAGAGUCUAGAAGUGUUGCCACAAUCAUUUUGCAUCCAAACUAUGACAGCGACAGCAGCAACAACGACAUUGCUCUACUCAGACUCUCGUCACCAGUGAAUCUCACUGACUACAUCCGACCUGUGUGUCUGUCAGCCAGUGACAGUGUGUUCAACAGCGGUACAGAUAGCUGGGUCACUGGCUGGGGCAACGUCAAGGAGGGAGUGUCAUUAUCGUUCCCUGAAACUCUACAAGAAGUGGAGGUUCCAGUUUUGGGCAACAGACAGUGUAACUGUCUCAAUGGAGUCGGUACAAUCACAGACGACAUGAUUUGUGCUGGUGUUCUGGCAGGAGGCAAAGACUCAUGUCAGGGAGACUCAGGAGGUCCAAUGGUGAACAAACAGGGCUCCGUCUGGGUCCAGUCUGGAGUGGUUAGUUUUGGUCUUGGUUGUGCUCGGCCCAAUCUGCCAGGAGUUUACUCCAGAGUGUCCCGUUACCAGUCCUGGAUCAACUCCAUCAUCCGCUCUGAUAGGCCCGGAUUCGUCAAGUUCACCUCCAGUGGACUGGAUGCUGACAGCAGCUACACCUGUCCUGGUCUCCCACCUCCUCUUAUUACAACCACCGCUGCUACUGGUCUUGCUACUGAAGGACCAGAAGCUACAACCACCAAAGCAGUGUCUCAAACCACGAGUCCCGACCUGACCAUGUCAAGUGCUAAAUUAUGUGGCAUGACUCCCCUGAGCACCAAGAUAGUUGGAGGAGAAGAUGCUCCACCUGGAAGUUGGCCUUGGCAGAUUAGUCUGCAGAUGUUUGGCGGCCAUUUUUGUGGUGGCUCCCUCAUUAACAGAGAGUGGGUGAUGACUGCUGCUCACUGCUUCUCCAGCACAAGUACGUCGGGCUUGAAAGUUUCUCUCGGCCGUCACAACCUGCAGGGCACAAACCCAAACGAAGAGUCUAGAAGUGUUGCCACAAUCAUUUUGCAUCCAAACUAUGACAGCGACAGCAGCAACAACGACAUUGCUCUACUCAGACUCUCGUCACCAGUGAAAUUCAGUGACUACAUCAGACCUGUGUGUCUGUCAGCCAGUGACAGUGUGUUCAACAGCGGUACAGAUAGCUGGGUCACUGGCUGGGGCAACGUCAAGGAGGGAGGUGAGUCUGCUUCUGAAACUCUACAAGAAGUGGAGGUUCCAGUUUUGGGCAACAGACAGUGUAACUGUCUCAAUGGAGUCGGUACAAUCACAGACGACAUGAUUUGUGCUGGUUUUCUGGCAGGAGGCAAAGACUCAUGUCAGGACUUUGUGAAAUCCUCAGUCGUGUCCUCAUUUUGUCCUCAGGGAGACUCAGGAGGUCCAAUGGUGAACAAACAGGGCUCCGUCUGGGUCCAGUCUGGAGUGGUUAGUUUUGGUCUUGGUUGUGCUCGGCCCAAUCUGCCAGGAGUUUACUCCAGAGUGUCCCGUUACCAGUCCUGGAUCAACUCCAUCAUCCGCUCUGAUAGGCCCGGAUUUGUCAAGUUCACCUCCAGUGGACUGGAUGCUGACAGCAGCUACACCUGUCCUGGUCUCCCACCUCCUCUUAUUACAACCACCGCUGCUACUGGUCUUGCUACUGAAGGACCAGAAGCUACAACCACCAAAGCAGUGUCUCAAACCACGAUGUGUGGCAUGACUCCCCUGAGCACCAAGAUAGUUGGAGGAGAAGAUGCUCCACCUGGAAGUUGGCCUUGGCAGAUUAGUCUGCAGAUGUUUGGCGGCCAUUUUUGUGGUGGCUCCCUCAUUAACAGAGAGUGGGUGAUGACUGCUGCUCACUGCUUCUCCAGCACAAGUACGUCGGGCUUGAAAGUUUCUCUCGGCCGUCAGAACCUGCAGGGCACAAACCCAAACGAAGAGUCUAGAAGUGUUGCCACAAUCAUUUUGCAUCCAAACUAUGACAGCGACAGCAGCAACAACGACAUUGCUCUACUCAGACUCUCGUCACCAGUGAAAUUCAGUGACUACAUCAGACCUGUGUGUCUGUCAGCCAGUGACAGUGUGUUCAACAGCGGUACAGAUAGCUGGGUCACUGGCUGGGGCAACGUCAAGGAGGGAGUGUCAUUAUCGUUCCCUGAAACUCUACAAGAAGUGGAGGUUCCAGUUUUGGGCAACAGACAGUGUAACUGUCUCAAUGGAGUCGGUACAAUCACAGACGACAUGAUUUGUGCUGGUGUUCUGGCAGGAGGCAAAGACUCAUGUCAGGGAGACUCAGGAGGUCCAAUGGUGAACAAACAGGGCUCCGUCUGGGUCCAGUCUGGAGUGGUUAGUUUUGGUCUUGGUUGUGCUCGGCCCAAUCUGCCAGGAGUUUACUCCAGAGUGUCCCGUUACCAGUCCUGGAUCAACUCCAUCAUCCGCUCUGAUAGGCCCGGAUUUGUCAAGUUCACCUCCAGUGGACUGGAUGCUGACAGCAGCUACACCUGUCCUGGUCUCCCACCUCCUCUUAUUACAACCACCGCUGCUACUGGUCUUGCUACUGAAGGACCAGAAGCUACAACCACCAAAGCAGUGUCUCAAACCACGAGUCCCGACCUGACCAUGUCAAGUGCUAAAUUGUGUGGCAUGACUCCCCUGAGCACCAAGAUAGUUGGAGGAGAAGAUGCUCCACCUGGAAGUUGGCCUUGGCAGAUUAGUCUGCAGAUGUUUGGCGGCCAUUUUUGUGGUGGCUCCCUCAUUAACAGAGAGUGGGUGAUGACUGCUGCUCACUGCUUCUCCAGCACAAGUACGUCGGGCUUGAAAGUUUCUCUCGGCCGUCACAACCUGCAGGGCACAAACCCAAACGAAGAGUCUAGAAGUGUUGCCACAAUCAUUUUGCAUCCAAACUAUGACAGCGACAGCAGCAACAACGACAUUGCUCUACUCAGACUCUCGUCACCAGUGAAAUUCAGUGACUACAUCAGACCUGUGUGUCUGUCAGCCAGUGACAGUGUGUUCAACAGCGGUACAGAUAGCUGGGUCACUGGCUGGGGCAACGUCAAGGAGGGAGGUGAGUCUGCUUCUGAAACUCUACAAGAAGUGGAGGUUCCAGUUUUGGGCAACAGACAGUGUAACUGUCUCAAUGGAGUCGGUACAAUCACAGACGACAUGAUUUGUGCUGGUUUUCUGGCAGGAGGCAAAGACUCAUGUCAGGACUUUGUGAAAUCCUCAGUCGUGUCCUCAUUUUGUCCUCAGGGAGACUCAGGAGGUCCAAUGGUGAACAAACAGGGCUCCGUCUGGGUCCAGUCUGGAGUGGUUAGUUUUGGUCUUGGUUGUGCUCGGCCCAAUCUGCCAGGAGUUUACUCCAGAGUGUCCCGUUACCAGUCCUGGAUCAACUCCAUCAUCCGCUCUGAUAGGCCCGGAUUCGUCAAGUUCACCUCCAGUGGACUGGAUGCUGACAGCAGCUACACCUGUCCUGGUCUCCCACCUCCUCUUAUUACAACCACCGCUGCUACUGGUCUUGCUACUGAAGGACCAGAAGCUACAACCACCAAAGCAGUGUCUCAAACCACGAUGUGUGGCAUGACUCCCCUGAGCACCAAGAUAGUUGGAGGAGAAGAUGCUCCACCUGGAAGUUGGCCUUGGCAGAUUAGUCUGCAGAUGUUUGGCGGCCAUUUUUGUGGUGGCUCCCUCAUUAACAGAGAGUGGGUGAUGACUGCUGCUCACUGCUUCUCCAGCACAAGUACGUCGGGCUUGAAAGUUUCUCUCGGCCGUCAGAACCUGCAGGGCACAAACCCAAACGAAGAGUCUAGAAGUGUUGCCACAAUCAUUUUGCAUCCAAACUAUGACAGCGACAGCAGCAACAACGACAUUGCUCUACUCAGACUCUCGUCACCAGUGAAAUUCAGUGACUACAUCAGACCUGUGUGUCUGUCAGCCAGUGACAGUGUGUUCAACAGCGGUACAGAUAGCUGGGUCACUGGCUGGGGCAACGUCAAGGAGGGAGUGUCAUUAUCGUUCCCUGAAACUCUACAAGAAGUGGAGGUUCCAGUUUUGGGCAACAGACAGUGUAACUGUCUCAAUGGAGUCGGUACAAUCACAGACGACAUGAUUUGUGCUGGUGUUCUGGCAGGAGGCAAAGACUCAUGUCAGGGAGACUCAGGAGGUCCAAUGGUGAACAAACAGGGCUCCGUCUGGGUCCAGUCUGGAGUGGUUAGUUUUGGUUUUGGUUGUGCUCGGCCCAAUCUGCCAGGAGUUUACUCCAGAGUGUCCCGUUACCAGUCCUGGAUCAACUCCAUCAUCCGCUCUGAUAGGCCCGGAUUCGUCAAGUUCACCUCCAGUGGACUGGAUGCUGACAGCAGCUACACCUGUCCUGGUCUCCCAUCUCCUCUUAUUACAACCACUGCUGCUACUGGUCCUGCUACUGAAGGACCAGAAGCUACAACCACCCAAGCAGUGUCUCAAACCACAAGACCAGUGUGUGGCAAAGCUACCUUAAACAGUCGUGCUGUAGGCGACAGCAGUGUUGUUCUUGGAGGAAUGUGGCCCUGGAUGGUGAGCCUCCACAAAAACGGGGUCUUUACAUGUGGAGGAACCCUCAUCGCUGAUAUGUUUGUCCUCACCUCCGGCCAGUGCUUCUCCACCUCCAGUCCAAAUGUUCUUGAGUGGAGAGUGUUUCUUGGCCAGCGACUUGUGGGCAGUUCUGAAGAGUUUGAGAUGUCUGUUGGUGUUGUGAAGAUUAUCCUGAGUAAAUUUACAGGAUUUAACAUUGCUGUACUACAGCUGGAGAAACCAGUCAGCUACACAGAUUAUAUCCAGCCUGUGUGUCUGGAUAGCAACAAUGACAGAUCCUUCCCCGUUGGUAGUCAAUGCUGGCUGCCAGGCUGGGGGAUGGGCAGUAAGAAUGGAGGUGCUGACAAAGCUGGCUCAAGUCUGAGAGACCUUGAAACUCAAGUGGUAAACUGUGGGAGUGUUUCUGAUUCGGACAACAUUUGCACUUAUGCCGUAAACCUUCAAGAGGGGGAUCAGGGCAGCCCUUUGCUUUGUAAAUCAGACUCCUCUUGGUUCCAGGCGGCCGUUGUCACAAUGAGUGGGAAUAAAUCUGUGCGGGCAGAUAUUCAGUCAUUUGCCAAAACCUCAAGAUUCGGGUCAUUCUUAAAGGAGACAGUUGGUGAUUUGCCAUCUCCUGAAACGUCCCCAAUAGCAAAUGCAGCAGAAAAAGCCUUUUCCUUGUUCUUUAGUUUUGCUGUUGUUAUUACCUCCAUGUUCCUGUUGUAAUGAUGUGGUAUUUGUUGAAGCUGCGUGAAAUAGUCCAAUACUGUAAAUGCACUUACAAAACUCAGGUCGAACAAAAGAGAAUACACCAUGAGGCACUUCCAAUCAACAGUUUAUAUAUCUAACAAAAGGUAUUUUACUGUAAGAAAUCUGUAGACAAAUUGUACUGCAAAAGGCAAAUCUUUUGAAAUGUGUUAAUCCAUCUGAAUGAAGUAGAGUGUUUAUUCUCUGUUCCAUCAAACCUUGUCUAUUUUCUUUGAUUCACAUAAUAAAAGUCAAAUCGAAGCUUGAAAUAAAUAUUAAUGAAGCAUGAA